UUAAAAGUAAAGCAUGUACAAUCGAAGAAGACAAGAAAAUUAUGGCGUUCUCUUGUUAGUAAUGCAAUUAUUAUCUUUUGGAUAUCAAAAUAUACCACCAGUCACAUUGGGGACUAUACUAUUAAAUGUUGCAAUAUACCUUAGACUAUUAAAUGUGCCUACAAUAAGCAAUGUAUGUAUUAGUGCUUCACACGUUAUAUCCAACAGAGAUGUCAAGAGGUUAAUCUUAGCUAGUUUGUUCCACGCCGACGAUAUGCAUUUAUAUUACAACAUGAUAUCCUUUUUGUGGAAAGGGAAAACCCUUGAAACUAUUUUGGGUUCGGUUUAUUUCGCUUACUUGCUUACCGUUUUUUCGUUACUCACGAGCGCGACCUAUGUCGUAUUAUCUCAUCUCCUUCGCCUCAUAACCGGUAAUUUUAGUUUCGACCACACAUGCGCCGUUGGAUUUUCUGGCGGCAUAUUCAUCAAUAGGAUAUUAGCCGAAUUAAAGACCUAUAAAAUAGUUUUUCGCUACCCAAACCUGUCCCACGGCAUAUUGCUAAUUUAUCUAGUCCCGGCCUGCUGUCCAGUGGUGAAAUUUAGAUCUAAAUCCGGUCUGCAGCUCUAAUAAAGAAGCUUUUAGGGAAAUCUCAAACUCAAAAUAUGAAUUAUCUUCGCUUUAAAAGUCCUAACAACCGAAUACACAUCGACCGAUUCCAUUUUCGUAAUGGGAAUGAUUCCAGUUCCUUCAAAAUAUGCCAUGUGGGCUGAGC